AUGUUCAACCAUCAAAAUGCAACAACGACAGUAGCCGCGGACUUGCCGUCGACUCGGUCCUAUUAUAGAGAAGCAGCAAUACUACCAGUAAUACCAGGAUUAAACAUGCCAUUGUGGCAUAUACCGAUAUUCAUAAUGGUUUAUUUGAUAAGUGGUAUGUUACACGAGUUGGGGCAUAUAUUCGCAUCAAUUCAUUCGAAUGUAUCUGUGAAUGGUUUCGGCUUGUUUUUUAUUGCUCUGUAUCCCGGUGCAUUCACUGAAAUUGAUUCGGAUGCAUUGAAACAUUCAACAUCAGCGCAAAAGAUGCGAAUAUUCAGUGCUGGAAUUUGGCAUAAUCUAGUAUUGACACUUAUAAGUUAUAUUUUGUUUAUUUCAUUACCAUAUUUGUUAUCACCACUCUACGACCAUAACAAUGGUGUUUUGAUUAUGGAUGUCAGCAAAGAAUCAGGCUUGAACGGAGGAUCAGGAUUGCAUAAAGGAGAUGUGCUGAAUGAAAUAAACGGAUGUAAAGUAAUGAAUAUAAAUGACUGGUAUAAAUGCAUCGAAUUGUUGAGGAAUAAACCAUUUUCGGGCUAUUGUGUACCGUACAAUGACGUCUCGCCGUAUAUUACGAAUAAGGUGAAACUAUUGAACGAUGUUGAACUGGAGUGUUGUGGUGAAAACUUAUCGCAGAGUGAUGAUAUACCUUCUUCAUCACACGUUUGUUUCCAGUUUCGUAGGACGGAUUUAUUGAACGUAUCAAAAGCGUUGUCAUCUUCGUCUACGUAUAAAAAUACGGAGAGUUUAAAAUUCGAGAACAUACUGAAUGGUGGUGAACAAAUGCAAUACGCAUGUCUGGCGGCUCGAUUUGUUACAGAACAUCAACAAUGCGAUGAACUAUCAACCUGUGAGACUAACGGCUCUUUAUGUGUUUAUCCGUCACUUUUUAAUGAGACUUCUUUACUGCGAUUACUUACGGUUUAUUCUUCGAAACCAAUUUUAUUCAUUGGCAGUAUUUAUGAGUUGGUUUAUUACGUUCAAAUAAGCGAUUUUGUGCCUCGUCUCUUCUUCUUGCCAACGCGUUUCCCUUUAAUCGCGGAAAUUUUUCUGAAGUAUAUGAUCACAUUUUCAUUAGCAAUGGCAUUACUGAACGCUGUACCGUGUUACGGACUAGAUGGGCACUUUAUAACGUCAACAGUCGUCGAUUAUUUAUUUUACAAAUAUUCGUCAAGGUUGCUUUUAUAUUCAGUUUAUUUUUAUCAUCGUUACUAG